AUGGCGGACCGCAGCCUUGAGAGCAUGUCCCUGCCUCUGGAGGUGAGAGCCAGGCUGGCUGAGCUGGAGCUGGAAUUAUCGGAAGGUGACAUCACACAGAAGGGAUAUGAAAAGAAGAGAUCAAAAUUAAUUGGGGCAUACCUGCCACAACCUCCAGCAGCGAAUGGAGCUGCCGCGGUACGGUGUAGACUGCAGCACAGUGAAGGAGCCGCAAGAAGAAUGCUCCGCACUGCCAACUUUGGGGUCUGUGACAUCCGGGAAGCAGCAGCUAGAGAGCGAGCGGCCAGCACAGCAGGAAACCGGCCCCUCUUUUACUUUCGUUUUGGGGUGGAUCAGGCAUUGCCACAAGAACGUCGAACUCCUGUUACCCCUUCCUCUUCCUCUCGAUAUCACCGUCGCAGGUCCUCAGGGUCACGGGAUGAGCGCUAUAGGUCAGAUGUCCAUACAGAAGCAGUUCAGGCAGCUCUUGCUAAACAUAAAGAAAGGAAGAUGGCAGUCCCCAUGCCAUCAAAACGACGUUCAUUGGUGGUGCAAACGUCAAUGGAUGCCUACACGCCUCCAGAUACCUCCUCUGGUUCAGAAGACGAAGGCUCUGUACAGGGCGACUCCCAGGGAACUCCCACCUCAAGCCAGGGAAGUAUAAACAUGGAACACUGGAUCAGUCAAGCGAUCCAUGGUUCUACCACAUCUACCACUUCUUCCUCCUCGACACAAAGUGGAGGCAGUGGCACUGCGCACAGGCUAGCUGAUGUUAUGGCUCAAACACAUAUAGAAAAUCAUUCUGCCCCUCCAGAUGUUACUACUUACACCUCAGAACACUCAAUACAAGUAGAAAGACCACAAGGAUCAACAGCAAGGGUGGCACCAAAAUAUGGCAAUGCUGAACUUAUGGAAACUGGUGAUGGAGUACCAGUGAGCAGCAGAGUGUCAGCAAAGAUUCAACAGCUGGUCAAUACCCUAAAACGACCCAAACGACCACCAUUACGAGAGUUCUUUGUAGAUGACUUUGAGGAAUUGUUAGAAGUUCAACAGCCAGAUCCAAACCAGCCGAAGCCAGAGGGAGCUCAGAUGUUGGCUAUGCGUGGGGAACAACUGGGUGUGGUUACAAAUUGGCCACCUUCUCUGGAAGCAGCAUUGCAGCGAUGGGGGACCAUUUCACCAAAAGCUCCUUGCCUAACCACUAUGGACACUAAUGGAAAACCAUUGUACAUUCUCACUUAUGGCAAACUUUGGACCAGAAGUAUGAAGGUUGCUUACAAUAUACUGCAUAAAUUAGGCACAAAACAAGAACCAAUGGUGCGACCUGGAGACAGGGUAGCACUCGUAUUUCCUAACAAUGAUCCUGCUGCUUUUAUGGUAGCAUUUUAUGGCUGCCUACUGGCGGAAGUUGUCCCUGUCCCUAUUGAAGUGCCACUUACCAGAAAGGAUGCAGGAAGCCAACAAAUUGGUUUCUUACUUGGAAGCUGUGGUGUUACUGUGGCCUUGACUAGUGAUGCAUGCCAUAAAGGACUGCCUAAAAGCCCUACAGGGGAGAUACCACAGUUUAAAGGGUGGCCAAAGCUGCUAUGGUUUGUCACAGAAUCUAAACAUCUUUCUAAACCUCCUCGUGACUGGUUCCCACAUAUCAAGGAUGCAAACAAUGACACAGCUUACAUAGAGUACAAAACGUGUAAAGAUGGAAGUGUGCUUGGGGUGACUGUGACAAGAAUUGCACUGCUGACCCACUGUCAAGCUCUUACACAAGCAUGUGGAUAUACAGAAGCUGAAACAAUUGUGAAUGUACUAGAUUUCAAGAAGGAUGUUGGCUUAUGGCAUGGGAUUCUUACGAGCGUCAUGAACAUGAUGCACGUUAUAAGUAUCCCAUAUUCCUUAAUGAAAGUGAAUCCACUAUCAUGGAUACAGAAAGUCUGCCAGUACAAAGCAAAAGUCGCUUGUGUAAAAUCCAGGGACAUGCACUGGGCAUUAGUGGCACAUCGAGAUCAAAGAGAUAUCAACCUUUCCUCAUUGCGUAUGCUAAUAGUGGCUGAUGGCGCAAAUCCUUGGUCUAUUUCUUCCUGUGAUGCAUUUCUUAACGUCUUCCAAAGUAAAGGCCUAAGACAGGAGGUCAUUUGUCCUUGUGCCAGUUCACCAGAAGCUCUCACUGUGGCUAUUCGAAGGCCAACAGAUGACAGCAAUCAGCCUCCAGGCAGGGGAGUUUUGUCCAUGCAUGGUCUCACCUACGGAGUAAUUAGAGUGGAUUCUGAAGAAAAGCUUUCUGUCCUGACUGUGCAAGAUGUGGGCUUGGUGAUGCCAGGAGCUAUAAUGUGUGCAGUGAGACCAGAUGGAAUUCCUCAGCUCUGUAGAACAGACGAAAUAGGCGAACUUUGUGUAUGUGCUAUUGCAACAGGUACAUCAUAUUAUGGACUCUCAGGCAUGACCAAGAACACUUUUGAGGUGUUUCCUAUGACCAGUUCAGGAGCUCCUAUAAGUGAAUACCCUUUUAUAAGGACAGGAUUACUAGGAUUUAUUGGACCAGGAGGGCUUGUCUUCGUUGUGGGCAAAAUGGAUGGUCUAAUGGUGGUCAGUGGAAGAAGACAUAAUGCUGAUGACAUUGUAGCAACAGCCCUGGCUGUAGAACCAAUGAAGUUUGUCUACAGAGGAAGAAUAGCAGUGUUUUCAGUGAGUGUCCUUCAUGAUGAAAGGAUAGUUAUUGUUGCUGAGCAAAGGCCGGAUUCCACAGAGGAAGACAGUUUUCAGUGGAUGAGCAGAGUUCUCCAGGCUAUUGACAGUAUCCAUCAAGUGGGUGUUUACUGCUUAGCACUGGUACCAGCAAACACGCUCCCUAAGACCCCUUUAGGCGGCAUACACUUAUCAGAAACCAAACAACUUUUUUUGGAAGGCUCGUUGCAUCCCUGUAACGUAUUGAUGUGCCCACAUACCUGCGUAACAAACCUGCCUAAACCACGACAAAAACAGCCAGAAAUUGGCCCUGCCUCUGUGAUGGUGGGGAACCUGGUCUCUGGAAAAAGAAUUGCUCAGGCUAGUGGCAGAGAUCUGGGACAGAUAGAAGACAACGAUCAGGCCAGAAAGUUCCUAUUCCUCUCAGAAGUUUUACAGUGGAGAGCUCAAACCACUCCUGACCAUGUGCUUUACACGCUACUUAACUGUAGGGGAACAAUAGCCAAUUCCCUAACCUGUGCCCAGCUACAUAAACGAGCAGAGAAGAUAGCAGUCAUGCUGAUGGAAAGGGGACACUUACAAGAUGGAGACCAUGUGGCUUUGGUCUACCCACCAGGAAUAGACCUGAUUGCAGCAUUUUAUGGUUGCCUGUAUGCGGGCUGUGUGCCAAUAACCGUUCGACCUCCACAUCCACAGAACAUCGCAACAACAUUACCUACAGUGAAAAUGAUUGUGGAGGUGAGUCGCUCUGCCUGUUUAAUGACUACACAAUUAAUAUGUAAAUUGUUACGGUCACGAGAGGCGGCAGCAGCAGUGGAUGUCAGAACGUGGCCUCCUGUACUAGAUACAGAUGACUUGCCAAAGAAGCGGCCUGCUCAAAUCUACAAACCUUCUAACCCUGACACACUGGCUUAUCUUGAUUUUAGUGUGUCCACAACUGGAAUGCUAGCUGGGGUAAAGAUGUCCCAUGCAGCCACUAGUGCCUUUUGUCGUUCUAUUAAGCUGCAGUGUGAGCUUUACCCCUCUAGAGAAGUAGCUAUCUGUUUGGACCCUUACUGUGGACUUGGGUUUGUCCUCUGGUGUCUCUGCAGCGUUUAUUCAGGACACCAGUCUAUUCUGAUUCCUCCCUCAGAAUUGGAGACCAAUCCUGCUCUAUGGCUUCUAGCUGUGAGUCAGUACAAAGUGAGAGACACUUUUUGUUCCUAUUCAGUCAUGGAGCUUUGUACCAAGGGACUCGGUUCACAAACAGAAUCACUGAAGGGAAGGGGACUGGACCUCUCACGUGUACGGACAUGUGUCGUCGUGGCAGAAGAACGGCCCCGAAUAGCUCUCACUCAGUCAUUUUCAAAAUUAUUUAAAGACCUGGGUCUCCAUCCACGGGCUGUUAGCACAUCGUUUGGCUGUAGAGUUAACCUGGCUAUAUGUUUGCAGCCUCACAGGCUGGGGAAGCUGGCCGAGCAGGGAACAUCCGGACCAGAUCCGACCACUGUGUAUGUUGAUAUGAGGGCACUGAGACAUGACAGAGUUCGUUUAGUAGAGAGAGGAUCGCCUCAUAGUUUGCCCCUAAUGGAAUCAGGAAAAAUCCUCCCUGGAGUUCGCAUCAUUAUUGCUAAUCCUGAAACAAAGGGACCCUUAGGGGAUUCUCAUCUUGGUGAGAUAUGGGUUCACAGUGCUCAUAAUGCCAGUGGGUAUUUUACCAUAUAUGGAGAUGAAUCCCUGCAAUCAGAUCACUUUAAUUCAAGACUCAGCUUUGGAGACACGCAGACUAUUUGGGCUCGGACUGGCUAUUUGGGGUUCUUGAGGAGAACAGAACUUACUGAUGCAAAUGGAGAGCGACAUGAUGCACUUUAUGUUGUGGGUGCACUAGAUGAAGCCAUGGAGUUACGAGGGAUGAGAUAUCAUCCAAUUGAUAUUGAGACAUCAGUAAUUAGAGCACACAAGAGCAUCACAGAAUGUGCGGUGUUUACCUGGACAAAUCUGUUGGUCGUUGUAGUUGAGCUGGAUGGAUCAGAGCAAGAAGCCUUGGACCUGGUUCCUUUAGUCACCAAUGUAGUCCUGGAAGAACACUAUCUGAUUGUAGGAGUGGUGGUGGUGGUGGACAUUGGUGUAAUUCCUAUCAACUCCCGUGGAGAGAAACAACGUAUGCACCUACGAGAUGGAUUUUUAGCAGACCAGCUAGAUCCCAUCUAUGUGGCCUACAACAUGUAG